AUGGCCACCCCACCGACAGUCAAAUUCAUCACUGGCAAUGCCAACAAGUUGCGGGAGGUCAAGGCCAUCCUGGAACCAGCAAUCACGGUACAAAGCCACGCUGUUGACCUCGAGGAAGUUCAAGGCACAGUUGAGGAAGUCACCCUAGCCAAAUGUCGCAAGGCUGCCGAGACUAUCCAAGGGCCUGUCCUGGUUGAAGACACUUGCCUCUGCUUUAAGGCUCUCGGUGAUCUCCCAGGCCCUUAUAUAAAAUGGUUCAUGGAAUCCAUCGGCCACCAAGGCCUAAACAAUCUACUAGUAGCCUAUGAGGAUAAAUCCGCCGAUGCCGUGUGCACGUUUGCCUACUCGCCCGGUCCUGGAAGCGAACCUCUCCUCUUCCAGGGACGGACUAGAGGCAAGAUCGUGCCGCCUCGAGGCCCAGUUGACUUUGGGUGGGAUGCUAUUUUCGAGUACAAUGGCCAGACCUACGCCGAGAUGGACAAGGCGGCCAAAAAUAAGAUCUCUCACCGCGGUCUUGCUCUCGCGAAGUUGCAGGACUGGUUCGCUCAACAGCGAACCGAGUGA